AUGGUGUCGACGAGGCGAAGUGGAUCUCUGCCGUCGAGUAAUAGUAAGAGAUCGUCUUCGCCGUCCGAUGAUAAUCAGAACAAGCCGUCUUCUCCCAAGCGUCAAAAGGCACUCUCUUUCUCGCACGCUCACACACAGAUGAGGAGCUGUUGCCUUCUGUAUUUGCUGGAUUGCUUAAUCCGCGCCGGUGAGAGCUGUAAUACCAGUGCUAAUAGUAAGAAUCCAAAGGCGUUGGAGCCUCAGACGGCGGAGAAUCCCAAGGAAUUAUGCUCAGCUGAUCCGCCGGAGCUCCCUGCCGCGGCGGCCACCCCCUCCGUCUCCGUUGCUACUCCGGCCGCUGCAGAAGGAGGUGCGGCAGCUAAUGUGGAUAAACCUAAGACCUCGUUCGCUUCCUGGAAACAACACCAAGGUUUCGAGACGACCUCGCCCUGGUGCAGGCUUCUCACAGAGUCCACGCAGAACCCCACUGUUUCUGUGUACACAACCAAUUUCUUGGUGGGGGCAAGCAAACAUGCCAAUCUCUUGAUCCGGGAUCAGACGGUCAGUGCAAUUCUGUGUUCCAUAAGGCUUUCACAGCGAGACGAACAACCUGUUGCGGUACUUGAAAUUCGGGGAAGCAAAGGAUGUGUGCAAGUCAACGGGAGAACAAUUAAGAAGAACACUAGUUGCAAUCUCAAUUCUGGGGAUGAAGUGGUUUUCGGAUUUCUUGGAAGUCAUGCAUAUAUUUUCCAGCAGUUGCCUUAUGACAGUAUAAUAAAAACCCCUCCACCAGAUAUUCAAACUAAUGCAGGGAAGUUGGUUCAAGUUGAAAGACGGGCAGGGGAUGCAUCAGCCGUUGCGGGUGCUUCAAUUUUGGCAUCACUUUCUAAUCUGCGACAAGAUUUAUCUCGACUUAAGCCUACAUCACUGACCAGCGGUAAAAAUCACCGAGGGAGUGAUCUUCCUUCCUCUCCCCUAAUUAAUGAAGACGAUCUUGAUGGUCAAGAAGUUAAUUCAGCUACAAAUUUAGGUGGUGAAGCAGCUGGAGAUAUAGGGGGAGCUACCAGCAAGAUCCUUCCUCUUGAUGGCAAUGUAGAAGCUGGCUUAGAGGCAAGUAAUGAUGAGAGAGAUUGGCUUAAGGAUUUGGCCCCGGUAUCUUUAUCAGUUAUGUGUUCACGAACUAAAGCGUUUAGAGAAGGCAUACUUGCAGCUAUUCUCGAUGGUCAGGACCUGGAGGUUUCAUUCGAUAAUUUCCCAUACUAUUUGAGGCACCGAGAUCAAGUUAAAUUUACUUCUGAGCUUCCGACAUUGAAUCCAAGAAUUUUACUUUCUGGUCCCGCAGGGUCUGAUAUUUAUCAGGAGAUGUUGGUAAAGGCACUUGCUCAUUAUUUUGGAGCGAAAUUGCUCAUAUUUGACGCCAAUUCAUUUCUCGGAGGUACUUCUAAGGAUGCUGAGCUGAAAGAGGGGAACAAUGCAGAAAAAGUAUGUAGCACUAGCAAACAUAUUUCUGGGUCCACAGAUCCUGCCAAGGACAUUGGCCAUUCAUCUGGUGAAGUAGAUGCCUCUAAUUUGCUGAGUAAUCCCCUUGGUUUGGAAUUGCAGACGAGAAUUGAAACUGACAAUGUCCCUUCUUCAACUAAUGCAACCAAGAACAAUCCUUUUAAAUUGGGUGAUAGAGUCAAAUUUGUUGGUCCAGCCUCUGGUGGUUUAUAUUCUAGUUCUACCAGCUGGAACUUCAGGGGCCCAACUCCUGGAAUGCGGGGGAAGGUUCUUUUGCCAUUUGAAGAUAAUCCUCUUUCGAAAAUUGGUGUAAAAUUUGACAAACCUAUGCAAGAUGGGCUUGAUUUUGGAGGUCUUUGUGACAAUGGACAUGGAUUCUUUUGCAAUGCCAAUGAGCUUCGCUUGGACACUUCAGGUGUGGAGGAUUUGGACAAGUUACUUAUUAACACAAUGUUUGAGACCGUGUUUGAUGUGAGCCAAGAAUCCCCUUUCAUUUUGUUCAUGAAAGAUGCUGAGAAGUCCAUGGCAGGAAACUCUGAGUCAUAUGCUGUAUUUAAGACCAAGCUGGAGAAGCUUCCUAACAAUGUUGUAAUUAUUGGUUCACAGACUCAAACUGACAACCGUAAAGAAAAGUCUCAUCCUGGUGGUUUGCUUUUCACGAAAUUUGGGAGCAAUCAGACUGCUUUGCUUGACCUGGCUUUUCCUGAUAGUUUUGGGAGGUUGCAUGACAGGGCUAAGGAUAUUACGAAGGCAACCAAGCUUUUAUCCAAACUUUUCCCAAAUAAAGUGACAAUUCACUUGCCUCAGGACGAGACCCUUCUAGUCAGUUGGAAGCAACAAUUGGAACGAGAUGCUGAAACUCUAAAACUGAAAGCAAAUCUGAAUAAUUUACGGACGGUUCUCAAUCGUAACGGGUUGGAGUGUGAUGGACUUGAAUCGUUGAACGUAAAAGACCAGACACUUACAAAUGAGAGUGCGGAAAAGGUGGUUGGAUGGGCUUUAAGCCAUCAUUUGAUGACAAAUCCUGAAGCUGAAGCAGAUACGAGGGUUGUGUUGUCUAGGGAGAGCAUUCAAUAUGGAAUUGGCAUUCUACAUUCUAUCCAAAAUGACUCCAAGAGUUCAAAGAAGUCCCUUAAGCCUUGCAAGGGCAUAUUGCUAUUUGGCCCUCCUGGAACAGGAAAGACUAUGCUUGCAAAGGCUGUUGCAACUGAAGCUGGUGCAAAUUUCAUUAACAUUUCAAUGUCCAGCAUAACCUCAAAGUGGUUCGGUGAGGGUGAGAAAUAUGUCAAGGCUGUCUUUUCGCUGGCUAGCAAGAUAGCUCCUAGCGUGAUAUUCGUUGAUGAAGUUGAUAGCAUGCUGGGCCGAAGGGAAAAUCCAGGAGAACAUGAGGCCAUGCGUAAAAUGAAAAAUGAAUUCAUGGUGAACUGGGAUGGACUGCGGACAAAGGACAAAGAACGUGUUUUGGUACUUGCUGCCACGAACAGGCCUUUUGACCUUGAUGAGGCUGUGAUUAGACGGCUGCCACGCAGGUUGAUGGUCAAUUUGCCGGAUGCUGCUAAUAGAGCCAAGAUCCUUCGAGUUAUUCUGGCCAAAGAGGACCUUUCGCCUGAUGUAGACCUGGAUACAGUUGCGAGUAUGACUGAUGGUUAUUCAGGAAGCGAUCUUAAGAAUUUGUGUGUGACAGCUGCCCAUCGCCCCAUAAGAGAGAUUCUGGAGAAGGAGAAAAAGGAACGAGAGGCUGCUCUUGCCGAAGGUAAACCUGUGCCAGCUUUGAGCGGCAGUGCUGAUAUUCGCUCUUUAAACAUGGAAGACUUCAGAUUCGCUCACGAUAGGGUUUGUGCAAGCGUCUCAUCUGAGUCGAUCAACAUGACCGAGCUUCUCCAGUGGAACGAACUCUAUGGUGAGGGUGGGUCCCGCAGAAAGAAAUCCCUUAGCUACUUCAUGUGACAGCUGGCACAUGUACAGAAUUGUUCUCUCCCCCUCUUCUCCUAAUUGUAUCUUACCUGUCUGUGCUUUUGGUAAUGGAUGUUGUGCUGUGAAAAGCCACAUUCAAUUGUACAAUGCAGUUUAUAUAGAGUUUUGCAGUUGCUACUUUUGGAAAAAAAAAAAGAAAAAAAG